AUGGACCCGGGUGCAUUUUAUGGAAAAUUUGCUGCGAAAGUGCCCCCCGACUACAGUGAUGACUCUGACCUGGAUUCAUCGAGCGACGAAGAGCCUAAAAACGCUGUUUUAGCCCGGACAACAUUACCAGCUGACAGUGAGGAUGAAAAGGUCUCAGGAGCUCCAAGCACGGCCAGUAUCGCUCGAAGGCUUGAAGAAAUCCCCAAGCCUUCGAAGGAUUCUCCCACAUGGAAGGCUGUCCGAGGCUCCUCGAGUAAUGCCAUGCCUGAGUGGAAAGACGCACAACCCUACCCUUCCCCGGUGGAGUCUCCCAUCACCUAUUUCAGAAACUUCUUUGACGUGACAUUCCUGUCUCACAUCUGUGAGCAGUCCUCCCUGUAUAGCGCUCAGAGGAAUCCAAACAAAGUUGCUUCAAUGACAGCCAAUGAUUUAGAGCAGUUCAUCGGUACAGUGCUCACUAUGUCGCUUAUGAAGCUGCCUCAAACACGCAUGUACUGGUCGCAGAGGUUCCGAGUCGGUCAAGUCGCCGACACCAUGACGAGAGACAGGUGGGAAAUCAAGCAGUCGCCGAAUUUUAGUGACAACCAGGAAGCACCAAACCAGAAUGACCCCGAACGUGACAGGCUUUACAAAGUGCGGCCCCUGUUGGACCACCUGGUCGCCAAAUGCCGCGAGAUACCAAAAUCUCAAAAGCUAUGCGUUGAGCAGCUGGUGCCGUUCAAAGGCCGCAGCUCAUUGAAGCAGUAUUUGCCUAACAAGCCCAAAAAAUGGGGUUAUAAGCUUUUCCUUCUCUGCGAUAAACGUGGCACAAUGUACAACUUUGAAGUUUACACAGGCAAAAUUCUUCCUCAGCAAGGUUUUAACGACAUCGGCGCAAGCGGCAACAUCGUCCUGCGAAUGGCGAGUAUCGUGCCCCGCGGUCUAGACUACAUCUUGUAUUUUGACAACUGGUUUUGCGGCAUGGACUUGCAAGUAGUCCUCAAGAAGGUUGGAAUCAGUUCCGUAGGGACAGUACGCGAGGCUCGCCUAAAAGGAUGCAAACUUCCAUCCGACAAAGAUCUGAAGAAGAAAGGGCGUGGCUCUUACGUGGAAAUGGCGACCACAUUUGAAGGGGCCGUGAAGCGCAUCGACAAGAAGACCCGAACGACUGUGAGCAUACCCCGCCCUGCUAUUGUCGGCAUCUACAAUGAAUGCAUGGGUGGUGUUGAUCUUAUGGACAUGCUUGUGGCACUCUACCGCAUCCACAUAAGGUCAAAAAAGUGGUACAGGAGGCUCUUUUUUUAUUUAUUAGAUGUAGCAGUUGUCAACUACUGGCUCCUCUACCACCGAGAUGCCACCGUGGCUAGCGUGCCUUGCAAGCACCAAAUGACCCUGCUAACAUUCAAAGCAGACAUUGCCUGCACGCUGAGGCAACAGGGAAAGGUAUCAACACCUUCGAGGAAGCGACCAUUGGGCCCAUCAAAAGUCGAGAAUGAAUCACAGGCAAAGAAGUGGCAUGGGCCAUCAGCUCCUGUUCCAUGCAAGAAGAUAAGGCUCGACAAAUUCAAGUAG